AUGUUGCAGCGAAGUAAGGGGAAGGACGAUGGAGCGGCCAAAGGCGCUACCAUUGCGGCCUCCAUCUGCGAGCUGUGCGACCUCUACACACGAAACGAUCUGGAAGGAAGGUGGAUGGAGCUCGCGGCAGUGUACGACCAACGCUGCAAUGAUGACAAUUUCCAGGAAAUUCUGAACCUGAGCGCACCCGGCGCUCGGAUGAGAAAAUUAAAGGGCUGGCACUUGGAGCGUAUGGCUGUAGGCGAGUUUGAGCCUGCAGCAGGAGCCAGUGCGAAUGACUUGGCGGAGAUCAAGCGUGAGAGUCGCAUAAUCAAGCAGGCGCUGACAAAGGUGUUGACGAAUGGCCACAGCUAUCGGACGAAGCGAGAAGAGCUCGAAGCAACUAUGGCCAAGCAGCGUGAGGCACUGAUGACUGAACUGACGGAAGCUAAGGAGUUUUUGGGUCAGGCACAUUUGCUGAAUGCUUGCGACUCGGCUGCUAUCGAGGUUUGUGAGCCAGCACCUGUGGAAGAGCGGCUGCGCGCUACAGUGAAGCAGCCGGCACAUACAACAGCACUUGACCUCAGUGAAGUGCCCUCGAACGAAAUAUGA